AUGGCAGUGGAGCACAGUGAAUACUUGGCUUUUUCUAACUCAAGCACAUGGAACUUUGCGCACCCGGCCACCCUCUAUGCCUGGGAGGGAGCCUGUGUCUGGAUUCCCUGCCGCUACACAAUGCCAGAGGAUGGAAUGGUCCUGGAAAACCUGACUGUGUACCAGAAUUAUGUGUUUGACAGCAAGACUAUGGACUACAGUGGGACAAUCCUCUAUGAGAAGACAAAGUCACAGGGAAGAGUGAAAUUCCUGGGAGACAACAAAUCCAACUGCACCCUUCGCAUCCACCCUGUAAAAGCCCAAGACAGCGGUCAGCUGGGGCUGAGGAUGACGUCAAAGAAUGAAAAGAGGAUGGGGAUGACAUCAAAGAGUGGAAAGUGGAUGGAGGAAAUAGUCCUCAACAUCUCCAGUAAGGCCCUGGGCAUGGUGUCCUCUACCUCAGGCAAGGAGACGGCUCCUCCACCUCGCAUUGAGCUCCCUCCAGAAAUCUGGGAGUCCCGAGAAGUCACUCUGACCUGCAUGCUGAAUUUUGCCUGCUUUGAGUACCAGGUCGAGUUGCGGUGGUUCCUGGGAGGGUCACCUCAACAUCCCUCUGUCCCCUUGACUUCCCUGACCACCAAGACUAUCUUCACCCAGAGCCAGCUCACAUUGUGGCCGCAGUGGACUGACCAUGGCAAGAAUCUGACCUGCCAGGUCUGGAAUGACACAGCAGAUGGGCCGCUCUCUCAGGAAACGGUGCAGCUAGAUGUGAAGCACUCCCCAAAGUUGGAGGUCAGUCCCAAAGAAGCCAGUGUAACAGAGAAUAAACCUGUGACCAUGACGUGCCAGGUCAUCAGCAGCUACCCAGAGUACCAGACUCUUUCCUGGCUCAAGGAUGGAAUCCCCGUGACAGAGCAGGAGACAUUGCAGAGGGGGCAGAAGAUUCUCAAGCUAACUCUGCCUAAAGUGACCAAACAGAUGAGUGGAAAGUAUCACUGCGAGGCCCGCAAUGAUGUGGGCUCAGCAACAUCAGAAGUGGUCCUCCAAGUGCACUAUGCUCCAGAACCUUCCAGGGUUCAGAUCUUCUCCUCACCAGCUAAGGAGGGAACUAGUGUAAAGCUGAUUUGUAUAUCACAGGCCAAUCCUCCUCCAACCAAUUAUACCUGGUAUCACAAUAACAAUGAAGUGUGGAGAGGGACAGAUGAGACCUUCGAGAUCCCACAGGUCCGCCUCAGGCACGCUGGGAAUUAUUACUGCGUGGCACAAAACAGUAUUGGUCGUGGACACGCUGACCAGAAUGCUGAGUUGGAUGUCCAAUAUUCCCCCAAGGAGGUAACCAUGGUGAUUCAAAAUCCCACACCAAUUCGAGAAGGAGACAAUGUGACCCUGUUCUGUAACUAUAAUUCUAGUAACCCCAGCGUUACCAGAUAUGAAUGGAGUCCCCCCGGCUCCUGGAAAGAGCUAGUACCUGGGGUGCUAAUGAUUCAAAAAGUUGCCUGGAAUGCCAUGCCAUUCACCUGUGCAGCCUGUAACCUGUGGUGUUCGUGGGCUCAACCUGUCAGCCUGCAGGUCCAGUAUGCCCCCAGAGAUGUCAAGGUCCUGUGCAUUGGCCCCCGUUCUGAGAUUCACUCCGGACACGCAGUCCUCCUCCGAUGUAACUUCUCUAGCAGCCGUCCCACAGACGUCCACUUCUUCUGGAAGAAGAAUGGGAUCUUUCUGAAGGAAGGAAGAGAACUGAGCUUUGGCUCCAUCUCCCCAGAAGACGCUGGAAGUUACAGCUGCGUGGUCCGCAACUCCAUAGGACAGAGCACAUCCGAGGCCUGGGUGCUCUCAGUGCUGUAUGCACCUAGGAGGCUACGGGUGUCCAUUAGCCCUAAAGACAGUGUGAUGGAGGGGAAGAAAGCAGUCCUGACGUGUGAGAGCGAUGCCAACCCUCCCAUCUCCCGCUACACCUGGUUUGACUGGAAUAACCAGAACCUCCACCAUGAUCAUCAGACGCUGAGAUUGGAUCCUGUGAAGGUCCAGCACUCAGGCGCCUAUUGGUGCCAGGGGAACAACCGACUGGGUGUGGACCGGUCGCCCCCUAGCACCCUCACUGUCUACUAUAGCCCACAGACCAUCAGCCGGCGAGUGGCCCUGGGACUGGGGCUGUGCCUGGUCAUCCUCUUCCUGGCAUUCCUGGGAGUCAAGUUCCAGGGAAGCUGGAAGAGGAUUCAGAGCCAGCAAGGGCCUCAGGAAAAUUCCAGUGGGCAGAGCUUCUUUGUGAGGAAUAACAAGAUUAGAAGAGCCCCACUCCCUGAAGACCCCCAGUCCCUGGGCUGCUACAAUCCGGUGAUGGAAGAUUCCAUCAGCUAUGCGACGCUGCGCUUUCCUGUCGGCGAGACGGACACACCGAGGAUUGGGGAUGCAGGGACCCCAGAGGUGCACAGACCUUCCCUAAACAGGGACAACACGGUCACUUACUCUGUGGUGCAGAAGCGUCAAGUGGGCGACUAUGAGAACGUGAUUCCAGAUGUUCCAGAAGACGAUGGGAUACAUUACUCGGAGCUGGUUCAUUUGGGGCUUGGGGAGCGGCCUCUGAGACAGGAAGGAGUGGAGUACGUGACCCUAAAGCACUAAUGGGUCCAAGUGGCUGAGCUGGAGGUGCCUAGGGGCUGUCGGGGAUAGUCAUGGCCCCUGCAGUCCCUGUUGCUCAGUUGAGAAGUUACACAACCUCUCCUUACACACACACACACACACACACACACACACACACACACACACACACACAAUUACUGCACCCCAGUCGGUACAGAGAACUUUGGACAUGGCCCAGAGACAGCCUUCCCUCUCAGCAUUGUAACCUCAACCAUCCAAAAGGCCUGGCCCUGUCCUGUCCCACGCUCCUUCCGUCCCAGAAAAUCAUCUGAACA